GGGCAGCGCGUGCAAGGGCAGAUCGGCGCGCAGGGGGCUCCCCGGGCCUCCCGGGGCCGAGAUGGCGGCGGAGCGGGGUGCUCGGCGUCUCCCCGGCACGUCUUGCUGCUGGCUGCUGCUGCUGCUGCUGCUGAUCCUGGGGCGCCGGGGUCUCUGCACCGCGGUGGCCAGGACGAGCUCCCCGCCGCAGUCCCCAGGAGCCAGUGUUCGAACAUUCACUCCAUUUUAUUUCCUUGUGGAGCCGGUGGAUACACUUUCUAUUAGAGGAGCUUCUGUUAUAUUAAACUGUUCAGCCUAUUCUGAACCUUCUCCAAAAAUUGAAUGGAAAAAAGACGGAACCUUUUUGAACUUAGUAUCAGAUGAUAGACGCCAGCUCCUCUCAGAUGGGUCUUUACUCAUCAGCAACGUAGUGCAUUCCAAGCACAAACCAGAUGAAGGUUAUUACCAGUGUAUGGCCACCGUGGAGAGUCUUGGAACUAUUGUCAGUAGAACAGCAAAGCUCACAAUAGCAGGUCUGCCAAGAUUCACCAGCCAACCAGAACCUUCUUCCGUUUAUGCUGGGAACAGUGCAAUUCUGAAUUGUGAAGUGAAUGCAGAUUUAGUCCCAUUUGUGAGAUGGGAACGGAAUAGACAGCCUCUUCACUUGGAUGAUAGAGUUAUCAAACUUCCAAGUGGGACACUGGUUAUCAGCAAUGCUACUGAAGGAGAUGAAGGACUUUAUCGCUGUGUAGUUGAAAGUGGUGGUCCUCCAAAGUAUAGUGAUGAAGCUGAACUAAAAGUUCUUCCAGAUUCUGAAAUGACAGCAAGCUUGGCAUUUUUGAAACAACCAUCGUCCUUGGUCAGAGUCAUUGGUCAGAGUGUGGUGCUCCCAUGUGUUGCUUCAGGAUUUCCAAUGCCAGCCAUCCGGUGGAUGAAAAAUGAUGAAGUGCUUGACACAGAAAGCUCUGAAAGACUGGCAUUACUGGCUGGUGGUAGUCUGGAGAUCAGCGAAGUCACGGUUGACGAUGCAGGGACUUACUCUUGUGUAGCUGACAGUGGGAAUGAAACCAUUGAAGCUCAUGCAGAACUUACAGUACAAGCCCAACCUGAAUUCCUGAAGCAACCUACAAAUAUGUAUGCUCACGAAUCUAUGGAUAUUGUAUUUGAGUGUGAAGUGACUGGGAAACCAACUCCAGCUGUGAAGUGGGUUAAGAAUGGAGAUAUGGUCAUACCAAGUGAUUACUUUAAGAUUGUAAAAGAACAUAAUCUUCAAGUUCUGGGUCUGGUAAAAUCAGAUGAAGGAUUUUAUCAGUGCAUUGCUGAGAAUGAUGUUGGAAAUGCACAAGCUGGAGCCCAGUUGAUCAUUCUAGAGCAUGCACCAGCCACGACAGGACCACUGCCCUCAGCUCCACGGGACGUCGUGGCUUCCCUGGUCUCUACUCGCUUCAUAAAACUUACAUGGCGGACACCUGCAUCAGACCCUCAUGGCGACAACCUCACCUACUCUGUCUUCUACACCAAGGAGGGCAUUGCGAGGGAACGUGUCGAGAAUACCAGUCGCCCUGGAGAAAUGCAGGUAACCAUUCAAAACCUGAUGCCAGCCACUGUCUACAUCUUCAGAGUUGUGGCUCAGAAUAAGCAUGGCUCCGGAGAGAGCUCAGCUCCCCUUCGAGUGGAAACACAGCCAGAGGUUCAGCUUCCUGGCCCAGCACCUAACAUCCGAGCAUACGCAACCUCGCCUACUUCAGUCACUGUGAGCUGGGAAACACCACUGUCUGGCAAUGGGGAAAUUCAGAAUUACAAAUUGUACUACAUGGAAAAAGGGACGGAUAAAGAGCAGGAUGUUGAAGUUUCUAGUCAUGCCCACACCAUUAGUGGGUUGAAAAAACACACAGAGUAUAGUUUCCGUGUGGUGGCCUACAAUAAACAUGGUCCCGGAGUCUCUACCCAAGAUGUUGCUGUCCGAACAUUUUCAGAUGUUCCCAGUGCUGCUCCUCAGAAUCUGUCUUUGGAAGUCAGAAAUUCAAAGAGUAUUUUGAUUCACUGGCAGCCACCUCCUUCAGCUUCACAAAACGGGCAAGUUACUGGCUACAAGAUUCGCUACCGAAAGGCCUCUCGCAAAAGUGAUGUCACUGAGAUAGUGGUGAACGGCAGCCAGCUGUCUCAGCUGAUUGAAGGUCUCGAUCGGGGAACUGAAUAUAAUAUUCGAGUGGCGGCUCUAACUGUCAACGGCACAGGCCCCGCCACUGACUGGUUGUCUGCGGAAACUUUUGAAAGUGACUUAGAUGAAACUCGUGUUCCUGAAGUGCCUAGUUCUCUGCAUGUCCGCCCACUUGUCACUAGCAUUGUAGUUAGCUGGACGCCCCCGGAGAAUCAGAACAUUGUGGUUCGAGGUUACGCCAUUGGUUACGGCAUUGGAAGUCCCCAUGCACAGACGAUCAAAGUGGAUUAUAAGCAACGCUAUUACACCAUCGAGAAUCUGGAUCCCAACUCCCACUAUGUAAUCACCCUGAAAGCAUUUAACAACGUGGGUGAAGGGGUCCCCCUGUACGAGAGCGCUGUGACCAGGCCUCACACAGACACUGCUGAAGUUGAUUUAUUUGUUAUUAAUGCUCCAUACACUCCAGUGCCAGAUCCCACUCCCAUGAUGCCACCCGUGGGGGUCCAGGCUUCCAUUCUGAGUCAUGACACCAUAAGGAUUACCUGGGCUGACAACUCCCUGCCCAAACACCAGAAGAUAACAGAUUCCCGUUACUACACGGUUCGAUGGAAAACCAAUAUCCCGGCAAACUCCAAGUACAAGAAUGCAAAUGCCACAACUUUGAGUUAUUUGGUGACUGGCUUAAAACCCAAUACACUCUACGAAUUUUCUGUGAUGGUCACCAAAGGCCGAAGAUCAAGCACAUGGAGUAUGACCGCACAUGGAACCACCUUUGAAUUAGUUCCUACUUCUCCACCCAAGGAUGUGACAGUCGUGAGUAAAGAGGGGAAACCGAGGACCAUAAUUGUGAAUUGGCAGCCCCCCUCUGAAGCUAACGGCAAAAUUACAGGUUACAUCAUAUAUUACAGCACUGAUGUGAAUGCGGAGAUCCAUGACUGGGUUAUUGAGCCAGUUGUGGGAAACAGGCUCACUCAUCAGAUCCAAGAAUUAACACUCGACACACCAUACUACUUCAAAAUCCAAGCCCGGAACUCAAAAGGCAUGGGGCCCAUGUCUGAAGCUGUCCAGUUCAGAACACCUAAAGCGGACUCCUCUGAUAAAAUGUCCAAUGAUCAAGCCUCAGGGUCUGCAGGAAAAGGAAAUCGACUGCCAGACCUUGGAUCUGACUACAAACCUCCAAUGAGCGGCAGUAACAGCCCCCAUGGGAGCCCCACGUCUCCUCUCGACAGCAGCAUGCUCCUGGUCAUCAUCGUCUCGGUGGGUGUCAUCACCAUCGUGGUGGUCGUGAUUGUGGCUGUCUUCUGCACCCGGCGUACCACCUCUCACCAGAAGAAGAAACGAGCUGCUUGCAAGUCUGUGAAUGGCUCCCACAAGUAUAAAGGCAACUCCAAAGAUGUCAAACCCCCAGACCUCUGGAUCCAUCAUGAGAGACUGGAGCUAAAACCCAUCGAUAAAUCUCCAGACCCAAACCCCAUCAUGACCGAUACACCGAUUCCUCGGAACUCUCAAGAUAUCACGCCAGUCGACAAUUCUAUGGACAGCAAUAUUCACCAGCGGCGGAACUCAUACAGAGGACAUGAAUCUGAAGACAGCAUGUCGACACUGGCUGGAAGGCGAGGAAUGAGACCCAAAAUGAUGAUGCCCUUUGAUUCCCAGCCACCCCAGCCUGUGAUUAGUGCUCAUCCCAUCCAUUCCCUCGAUAACCCUCACCAUCAUUUCCACUCCAGCAGCCUCGCUUCUCCAGCUCGCAGUCAUCUCUACCACCCGGGCAGCCCAUGGCCCGUUGGCACUUCAAUGUCCCUUUCAGACAGGGCCAAUUCCACAGAAUCUGUCCGCAAUACCCCCAGCACUGACACCAUGCCAGCCUCCUCAUCUCAGACAUGCUGCACUGAUCACCAGGACCCCGAAGGUGCUACAAGUUCUUCUUACCUGGCCAGCUCUCAAGAGGAAGAUUCAGGCCAGAGUCUCCCCACGGCGCAUGUCCGCCCUUCCCACCCGCUGAAGAGCUUUGCUGUGCCAGCCAUCCCUCCCCCUGGCCCUCCUGGCUAUGAUCCUGCCUUGCCAAGCACACCAUUACUGUCCCAGCAAGCUCUCAACCAUCACCUCCAUGCAGUGAAGACGGCCUCCAUCGGGACACUCGGACGGAGUCGGCCCCCCAUGCCAGUGGUGGUACCCAGUGCCCCUGACGUGCAGGAAACCACGAGGAUGCUGGAAGACUCUGAGAGUAGCUAUGAACCAGAUGAGCUGACCAAAGAGAUGGCCCACCUGGAAGGACUCAUGAAGGACCUCAAUGCCAUCACGACAGCAUGAUGCCCUUCAGCAGAAAAUGACUCCAGACCUAAGUUUAGAAGUCUUGGGACUUAGCCUUGAAAGCAAGGACUUGUACAGAGUGCGAGAGGACAGCUCUGAGAGCACAGAGUGAGCAAGCAGGCCGUGUGGCUUCAGACCUGCUAACCUGCCUUCUCCCAGUCAGCCAGGAAGAAGCCUGCUGUCACCCGCAGGACUGGGCACCCCCCGGCCCAACGUUUGUGUCCCGGGAAGAGGCAAAGAAGCGCAACCUACAUUUCACUUGGUGGCCAGGCUGUGUCUUCGUGCUACGACUGCAUCGCCUUUAUGGAGUGUAGACAUUGGCAUUUAUGUACAAUUUUAUUUGUGUUCUAUUUUACUUUUCAGAAGAAAAAAAUGCUACCAGGACCCAGAAAGUUUGGGGUAGUGGAGUCUCUGCGGGGUGGUUGGCAUUUGACCACUUGUUUGAAUGGAAAGUCAUUAACUGUGUGGGUUGUUCGAGGGGUGGCUUUGUUUUUUGUUUCUGUUUUUGUUUUUUAAAUAAGUCAUCGCAUCCUUUACCAGCUGUUAAUCCAUCACUUUGGGGGGGGGAGGGAGGAAAUAUUGCAUUGCUGUUUGUAAGCUUUUUUUAUUAUUUUUUUAUUAUAAUUAUUAAAGGCCUGACUUUAUCCUCUCAGCACUGUGAGAUUACAGAUCUAUUUGAAUGAAAUGUAACAUGGAAAAGACUUGUUUUCUGUGCAGUUUCAGUACUGGGUGGGGGCGGGUGGGGGGUGUUGGGACUAGGAAUUGGAAGGAUUGCAAAGGUCCUGUGAAUGUUUCCAUCAUUGUACUUUCUUCCAGAAGCCUGCAGAAAGUAUUUUCUUCAUUGUCCUUUCCGGCCUUGUCCAUCUCUAUUGUCAUUAUGCUGUAACUGGAGUUUCCUUUGAAUCUAAUUCAAUUCUUCUGUGCAUUCCAGGGAUUCAAGGCUUUAACUGCCCUGAUUGGUGUCUUGGUCAGAUCCUGAUGCAAACGUCCCGGCUUGGGGAAAGCUACUGUUUACUAUCGACAGGAGUGACUAGGCAAGACAGGAAUAUCUGUGGCCCCCUGUCUCACCCCUGAUGUCCUCAGGGUCAGGGACAAACUGAGGGGUAGGAAGGAACUUUGUUCCACAUAGGCCUGUCUCCCUGCCUCUGUCUAGCCUGUCCCAUCACCACCAUGUGCCAGAGCUUCUUCCAAAACAAAGUCAAUAGGAGUGGGGCCCGCACCAAGGAGACCCUGUUUCUUCCUAAAGAGGCUUCUCUAAGUAAAAGGAAAUGGGAUGGUGUGGAGGGACCCUUCCCUGGACACUGCCCAGAUUCCCACAGGGUGCAGCUUUCUGAGGCAUGUGACAAGGCCUUUGCCUCUACAAAGAAUCCUGACUGCCUUCCUAAGGCAAAGAGCUGAGGAGAUGGCUUUUUCCAGAAGGUGAUUAUAGAACUGGGCCUCAGCCAUCACCACCUCUCCACACACACACAUCCACAGAAGAGACUGUAGAAGGCAAACUCAGCCCUGCAUCCAAGAAAGGCAGCUGCCAAAACUCCCAGUGGCACACCACCUGCCCCGGCCCUGUGGGGGCCCCAGAGGCUCGUGGCAGGCCGCUUGCCUUUUGUACAUGAAUCAUUUUGCCUAUGUUGGCAUGCCCAUACUUGUUUUUCUAGAAAAUAAACUCUUCGUAUUUAUUAUUUGGGGCAAUGAAAAGUGCAAUGCUAACCAUCACAGAGGACAAUGCAGGCAGGAUUCUGAACAUCAGAGCACUAGCCCUCACCUCUUUGGAGAGCACCAUGGACACAGAGCUAGGUUCCCCAGAAACUUACCUUCCCAGAGAGGUGCAUUUGGUGUCCGGACAUUCCCUCCCAUGACCCCUGACUCUGACCUCAGGCACUUGGAAACUGCCACAGAACUGGGACGGGGGUGGGGGGCUAUUUUUAAUAAAAUUACUGUGCGCAAAGUUGGGAUUUUUUUUUAAUGAAAAAAAAUUAUUCUGUAUUGCACCUUUUCACACUUGAAUACAUUUUCUUACAUUUUUCCUGUGAGUUUUGAAAUAAAACCAUCGUGUGUCCUGUGA